AUGUCGAUGAGCGAAUAUGAACGGGAGUUUGUCCGGCUUAGUAAAUAUGCCCAGGAAUGUGUGCCCACAGAGGCUAUGAUGUGUAAAAGAUUCGAAGAGGGGCUAAACGAAGAUAUCAGAUUGCAUGUUGGGGUUUUAGAGUUAAAAGAAUUUGUGGUAUUGGUUGAUCGAGCCUGCAAGGCUGAAGAACUGAGUAAGGAAAAGAGAAGAGCGGAAAUGGAAGCUCGAGAUGUAAGAAAAAGGUCGAUGAGUAGGACCUUUCAAUCCCAAUCGAAGAAGCUUAAAGGGAUAGAUCCACGACCAACUGGUUCAGCUGGGUACUCACGUAGAGACCGAGGGAGGUCGUAUUCUGGAGCCAGAACUCAAGCUACCUCGAUGGCAAGUGUGGGCAAUGUGGGGAAUACUAGACUUGAGUGCCAACAGUGUGGCAGGCGACAUACUGGUGAGUGUUGGGGAUUUAAACGAGCUUGUUUUAGAUGUGGUUCUCAAGAACACUAUAUAAGAGAUUGCCCUGAGAGAAUAGAGGAAGAAAAAUUGCAAAGAGUUGGAUCGGGUGAUAUUGUUAGUAGAGGUAGACCACCGAGGAAUGUUGGGAGUAAAGCCAGUGGUAAAAGUGUGGUGAAAGAUGCAGCUGGGAGAUCAGACACUAGAGCGCCUGCCAGGACUUAUGCCAUACGCACUCGAGAAGAUGCCUCAUCUCCUGACGUGAUUACUGGUACAUUUUCUCUUUAUGAUCUGAUGUGGUUGCUUUGA